CACAGUUAUGAAUUUCAUAGUUUACUUUUAGAUUAACCUAAACCCUGCACUUUUUUUUUAAACAGUGACACUACUUAUGUCAAGACGAAACAAAAGUUAACACUGUUACAAGUGAAAUUCUAAACCAAAUGUUUAUGGCUAGUGCGGGUUAAAAAACUGAGAAUAAAGAAUUUCAAACAUCUCUGUUAUGUUAAACAAGCAACGAUGAAAAUUGUCUCAAAGUAAUUUCUCUCUCUCUAUGACAAGAUUUUUUGGGGGCUAGAAGUGUAAGAAGAACCAGAGUAUGAAUAUCUACAGUGAGACAGAUCAAGAAUGUAAUAAAGAAAAGUUAAGAGCAGAAUUUGAACCUUGCAGUGAAAAUAAAACCAAGACUGAAGACAUAAAAUAUAAUGAAAGAAAAGAGAGACGAGAUCACGACGACACUGGGACUAAAGACAAUGAGGCUGUACUGAAAUUAAACAACAGAGAGGACACAGAUAAUUUAGAACUAGAAAACUUGGAGACUAAAGACAAUGAGGCUGUACAGGAAUUAAACAACAGAGAGGACACAUAUAAUAUAGAACUAGAAAACUUGGAGACUAAAGACAAUGAGGCUGUAGAGAAAUUAGACAACAGAGACAACUCAGAUAAUAUAGAACUAGAAAACAUGGAGACUAAAGACAAUGAGGCUGUAGAGAAAUUAGACAACAGAAGUGAUGACAGAGAGGACACAGAUAUUACAGAAAUAGAUGAUACAACAACGACGUCUGACGAUGACGAAGAAUCUGAUAGUGAUGAAGACCACAGUGAAAGUGAUGACAAUGUUGAUGAUUUCCAUGACAAAGUAAUACAGGAAACUGAUGAAGUAAAAAGUGAAAACGACAAAACCUCACUUGCAAUCCAUGAGGUCGGACACAUGGUUAGUGAAAAUACUGAUCCAAAUGGCAUCCCGAGAGACUUCAAAGCAGCAGAGAAUCAUACCUCGAGCAAUACAUUUACCCUGGUGGUCACCUACGAUAACCCAAACCAGGAAGACCUAAUAAAUCCACAGACUGACAGGAGUAAAGAAACAAACUUAAAUAUUUCCCAGAGCUCCUCUUUCUCCAGCAACUACGACUACCGUGAUGGUACGCUCGCCCCGGAUGUAGACUCGGACAGUCUUGCAGACUCAUGGGAUUGGACAUUUCCUAACCUGAACGUGAGUGAGCUGGACAUCCCUGCCGAGCAGAAGUAUUCAAAGAAGAAAGGGCGCCGGAUUUCGAAGAAAAUCCCCAAGUCUUCCAGACGUGAAGUUAGCGUAGGAACACAAACAGAGGAGGUAACUCAUUUGACGGAUAAUCAAAGCGCUUCAACUAUUACUGACCCGAAUGUACUUCAAGACUCUACAUCAAGAACAGAUCAGCCUGAAAAUGUAAAACCUAAAAGGAAAAAGAUGAAAUCUAAAAAGACAGAAUUUGACGAAGACAUUGUGUACUUCGAAGAUCCUUCCUCCUCUCGUCUGUUCAAGACAAAACUUCUCUACCUGAACACAGACUCGAAGGUGAGAAUCAAGUCAAGCAGCUCUUGGACCGAGAUAAGAAACAGUAAACCCAAGCGGACUAUUCCGGAAGACCCUCAAGAACUGAAUCACACAUUAAAGAGUACUGUUCAAGACUUUGAGAAGAGAAAUGUGAAACGAGUUCUCACAAAAUUACCGAACAUCGAAUCGAAGUUCAUUCGUCCUCAUCCCAAAUCUGACGUGCACACUGCCGAGACUUCAAGGCUUGCGCCCACCCUAAGCAGAGACUUGGAAACAUCUCUGUCCGCGUCUAAACCCAAUCACAUUCCUCUGAACUCUAGUCUGAAGCUAAACAACUCUAUGUCAGACUCGCACCCUCUUUUCGGUGACGCCAUAACUGAGAGACUGAUCAAUUGGAGGCUAGCUCGUGGCAGGACAAUGUCCAGGCCUGAUGUAUUCCGAAGGAGUAUGACCAGAGAUGAGCUCCAGAGAGGCAUUGAUGACUUCUUGGAAUCUAUAAAAGAGAAGCAGUCUAGCCUAGGGAGAUUCAAACACACAGCAAGGCUGGUAGUCAUACUCCUGAGAGCAAUAGGUUUUAAACCACACACGCCAGAAGAAGACAGCCACAAUUUUCUCUCGUGGACUGUGGUCUAUGAUGAAGUGCUCGGGAUCUCGAGACUUAAUUAUGACAGUGGCACUUUGACCUUUGACCCCCUCUUGUAUAAAGCGAAUAAAGAGACUACAGUCAGUGACGACGUGAAAGUUAUUCUUCAACUUCCUCCAGGUCAAAGAACACAGGCUCAUGUGCACAUGGUUAAAGUCUGUUUCAAGCAAGUGGCGCCUUCAUUCUCAGAGUUUCCAAUAAGAAUUCAAGAAUCUAUGAUCAAAGUGUGCACCUACGACAAAUUUAAGGCGGGAAGAGUUAUAAUUAGGCAAGGUCACAGGGCCGAGAACUUCUACUUCAUCUUGUCUGGCUGUGCGGUUGUUACUGAGUUAGACCUUUAUGCUAAUCACGUUCACACCACCAAUGUGCUGGGAAAAGGAAACAGUUUUGGAGAGCUGGCUCUGCUGAACAGGUCUCUUAGGUCUGCUACAGUCACGUGCAGGGAAGAUGUGGAACUUAUCUGGAUUGAGCGUCAGGAUUUCAUUGACAUCUUCAUGGCACGAGUGUCUGGCAAGGAGGCUGAUCACAUUACUUUUCUGAAGACCGUUGAGUUGCUCCAAGGUUGGCCCGUGGACAGAUUGCCAGCCCAGAACCCCAAACUAUGUGCCUUCACUUAUGUCAGACGUGGUGUUGUCUUAUGCCAGGACAGUUCCAAGAGUGACUGGAUAUUUGUACUGGUGUCUGGCUCCUGUAAAAUUUUGAAAGCACUCACUGACGCUCCUCUGAACAAGCAGCAGAAGGCAGACAUCCUAAACGAAAGAUCCACGCACUUACCAAGUAUUAGUAUAGCUCCGGCCAUGUCUAAUUUCGCCACCAUCUACACAAUGAACAACAGUAACAGGUUCGACGCUGUAGCAGACGACAGCGCCAUUGUAGUCAGCAACCGAACCAGGAGGCAAGGAUUGGUUCAAAGACCUAAUCUGGUGACUGAGUCCUUGAAUUUACUCAACAAAUCGGAAGCUUGUGUUUCUAGGUCUCAAAGUGUCCAUCAAGCUGAGAUAGAACAGAUAUUUGUACAGAAACACACUGUACCGCCAUUACAGGAAGUGAAGUCGUACGCCGACAGGCCAUCAGAGCACAACUCAUCUCGGAUAACAACGCAAACUCUACAGCUGCCUCCCACGACUUCAUUGUUUCAACCCAAAAGGCAGUCGUACGGGCUCCAGCCACCAGCACUGCCCCAGCUGGUCACGUCAUCAGUCCAAGGACCAUCGAACACGCGCCAGGUGUUCAUAGAAGUAGCUCGAUUGGAUUCUGGAGAUGUUUUUGGCUUAGAUCAGGUGGUGUUGGUUGGUGUACGAAAGGUCACGUCAUUCAGCCUCGUUUCAGACGGCGCAGAAGUGGUGCUCAUCAAUAAAAAGUUUUUCAUGAAAAAUCUAACGGAAGAAACCAUGAAGGACAUGCGCAAGAAGAUCAAUCCGCUUCCAAGUGAAAAGGUUCUGCAAAGAAAUCUAGAGACAUUGAAAACCUGGGAAGCUUAUAAAGCUGUGACUUUGUCCAGAUAUGCCUCCUGGAGACAGAAGCUUGCAGACGUUCCAGAGUUUUCUAGAUGAUAUUCAUCUAUUUCUCACAUAUCGCAUAAAAUGAAUUUUAUUCUAAA